GUGAUGCGAACGACAAGAUAUUUUGAUAAAGAUUAAAUUCGUAUUUCUAUCGCUGUUUUUCUAUCACUUCUAAAGCUUAUUUCUGCAAAUAAAAUUCUGCACAGCUGUAAAAUGUCAACAAUUUUGGCGUGCCGUGUGUGGUUUUGUGUUUCCCUAAUCAGAAAGUUAUUAGUUUUAAAAUUACAAUAACGCAUUAUACCUGUGUUGUUCACAAUAAUAGAAAUGGCUAAUUCAGAAGAACUACUAGCCAUGUUAGAUGAUAAAAUAAAUUUUGGUCAGGAACUUAUGGUUAAAUUGCAAUCGAUACAGGAUAUCGACGGAGUAAUGAAAUUGCAAAGAAAAAUUCGUCAGGAAGUAGAGUUUCUUAAAAAGUUACAAAAAUCCAAGAAGGUCAAAAUUGAACAACUUGCUUGUUCAAAUCUUCGGCAUUUAGGAGCAAUGGUUGAAUGUGCAUUGAGACCGGGAGUGGUAGCAGUUUGCAAGAUAUUCCACAUUAAUGAUGAAAGCAAGCUUGUCAUUGAUAUUAUUUGUGAUGAAGGCAAAACAUGGUGUAAAGUAAUAGCACGAAAUCCAAAGUCUCUCUCUGCAUUAAGUUCUGGAAAUGCCUCUUAUGGUGCUCGAUCUAUUCUUGAUCAAGCAGAAGAUUACAUAGAAUGUGCAAAACUGUACCCCUGCAUGUAUCAACUGCCAAAGGUAGUGUUUGAAUUUGUUAGUGGAAUUGAAGAAAGUUUAGCAAACAGAUUGAAAGCGGUAGGAGUUAUAGUAAAAGGAGAAAUCUUGGCAGAUUCGAAUCCAAUAGAGGAAUAUGAUGACUCAUUGGAUUCUGAGUCAACUGACAAUGAAUCAAUACAUGAAAGACAGCCAACCACUCUGCAAGAAGUUUCAGAGUGCAUAUCAUCACAUCCAGAAAUCACAACACUUAACUUAGAUGUGACAGCAAUGAUGGCAUAUGUGAGUAACAUGACGAAUGGACAUUGCAACUAUGUGUUUAAGCAAGAAGUGCUGACGCAGCAGUCUGAAUGGGAUGCAGAAAGACCAGUGAAACCUAUUUUGGAUAAAUUAUUUGAAGGAAAGACAUUAAUCUGUUGCAAUACUGCUUGGGAUGAUUUCCAAAAAAUUGUUAACACACUUGGAGGACCUAUGGAAAAGAUAAGGACAGCAGAGUUAAAACAAAGGCUUACAGUAUUUCCGGAUGAUUAUGGAGGGACUGAUGACUAUCCAAGACAUAAUUUAAAAGUGAGAGGACAUGUUCGAUUGCGGUCUAAAAUAAUAUUUAAUUUUGGUCACAGGGUGAAGGCAUUAACAGUAUCUGCAAAUGAAGGUUUUGUUCGAGCAGCAAAACAACAGGGUGUAACAUAUGCAGCAUUUAUUCACGAAUCAAGGGCGCUUACGGAAGGAAAAGAAGCUUCCGCCAAGAAAAUAAUCUUAUGACCAUUUGGCUUAUUUUAAGUUAGUGCAUUUUGUAACAAGUUAAUACGGAAGUCUGCUUGGAGAUAUGUAUCGCUUUUUUGAAUGGGUGGCCUUCCAUCUUAUACAAUAUAAUGUGAGAUCAACAUUUUACUGCUGUGGUGAUAUUUUUGUUAUUAUUCCAAACAUUAAUAUUUUUCAAUAAAACCAUUUAUAUAACUUGUUAA